GGACUGUAACGUGCAUUAAAAGAAAAAUAAGCAGCUAAAAUAGCCAAGAUCUACACGUUAUAGCACUGAAACGUGAAAACAUACUUGUCUUCAAACUCCCGCCCUUGUGACGGCUGGAAAGAGACACGUCAUCAUCACCAUCAUCAUCCGACCGGACGCGAAGGCUUCGACCGAAAGUUACCGAAUACCGAGGCUCCGGAAUCCUGAAUAGCUUUAUUGUAACGUUAGAGGAUUUAUCAACGGAGCGUUUCUAGAACUCGUUUUUAGGUGUUUAUUUAAUUAAUUACGUCUCAAAAAGAACCAGUUAAUCGCAAAACGCUCUGUUAGUUUCGGUUAGAUGUUUUUUUAAUACAUAUGAUAAUCAAAUGUGACGGUUUAACGUAUUAAUUUGAUUUAUUAUUUCCCGCGAGAGCCAGGAUACAGCUCGUCGUAGGGCGUUACGUAAUAUAGGCAUUAUCCAGGGUGCUGAAACCAACCCUUGCUUGACGCCUACGAGGCGUUUUUAAAGGAUUCAAUUGAGAAUAUAUAUUUUGUGCUUUUAAAUACGCAAAUUCAUCCGCUCCGGUUGGAAACAGAAACGAGGAAUUGACAUUGUCGGUUUAUAGAGAGCCACCUUGGAUUCCGUCUCUUUUUUUGUCGGCGAAUAUCAUAUGCAUUUCGGCUGUCCUUCACCUUUAAGUUGAUUCUUGAGGUGGUUGUCGACGCUACCGGGAGAAAAUGUCGGGACAGACUCUGACGGAUCGCAUCGCCGCGGCGCAGUAUCAGCUCACAGGAUCCGAAGUGGCUCGUGCCGUUUGCAAAGCCACCACGCACGAGGUGAUGGCGCCCAAGAAGAAGCACCUGGAUUAUCUGAUCUCAACCACCAAUGAGACAAACGUGAACAUCCCCCAGAUGGCUGACACACUAUUCGAAAGAGCCACUAAUGCCAGCUGGGUGGUUGUGUUCAAAGCUCUAACCACGACCCACCACAUCUGCAUCUACGGCAAUGAGAGAUUCAUCCAGUAUUUGGCCUCAAGGACUUCCCUGUUCAAUCUCAGCAACUUUAUUGACAAAACAGGCUCCCAUGGCUAUGACAUGUCUACAUUCAUCAGACGAUAUGCACGGUACUUAAAUGAGAAGGCGUAUGCUUACCGUGCGAUGGCCUUCGACUUCACUCGAGUUAAGAAAGGAGCUGAAGGAGUGAUGAGGACUAUGGCUCCUGACAAGCUUUUGAAGGCUAUGCCUGCCCUUCAGACUCAAGUGGACACACUGCUGGAGUUUGACGUUCAUCCUAAAGACUUGAAUAAUGGUAUCAUAAAUGCAGCAUUCCUGCUUCUCUUUAAGGAUCUGAUAAAACUCUUCGCCUCCUACAAUGACGGCAUCAUCAAUUUAUUAGAGAAAUAUUUCAAAAUGAAGAAGUCUGAGUGCAAGGAUUCUCUGGACAUUUAUAAGAAAUUUCUCACUCGGGUGACCAAAAUUGCAGAGUUCAUGAAAAUUGCUGAGCAAGUAGGAGUGGAUAAGAAUGACAUCCCUGACAUCUCUUAUGCUCCCACCAGUAUUCUGGAGUCUCUCGAGGCACAUAUGAACAGUCUAGAGGGCAAGAAAGGGGAAGGGUCACCCACAAAAGGCUCACCCACCAAUAACGUGUCUCCAACCUCCACUCCUGCCAAAUCAGCCGCUGCCGUCCCCACUUUGGAGCCGCCGCGUGCUGAGGCCGCACCAGCUGCCGCCGAAACUGCUACUGAUUCUCUGCUGGAUCUGGACCCGUUGUCUUCCUCUGGACCUUCUACAGGAGCAUCAGCUGCCCCCACGUCUUGGGGAGAUCUGCUGGGCUCAGAUGUGUUUGCGGCCCCUGCGGCUGAAACCGCUGCUGCUGCAGAAGGUGGGGCCGCAGCAACCACGCCCACUCCUGCUGCCGACAGCAAUGCACCAACUGAUCCCUUCACUCCAGCGGCUGGUUCUGCUGAUAACUCCCAUCAGUUGGACCUGUUCUCCAUGCAGCCAGUAGAUGACAGUAACUCUCUCUUUAGCUCAGUGGCACCCAACACUGUCCAGGCAUCUGUCUCCACAACCACCAGCACUGUAGCCCCCGCUGCUUCCCCAGCCCCGACGAUAGACCUGUUUGCUGGCUUUUUUGAUCCCAUGACAGACUCAUCUGUUUACAAAACAGACCCAAACCCCAGUCUAGACCUGUUUUCAGCAGAAUCUGCAGGCGCUGGAGAGGCCAAACCAGCCGCAGCAGCUGCUGGAGGAGAUCUGAUGUCAGCUUUUGAUGGAUUGGGUGAUGUGCUCAUGCCAGCUAUGGCUCCACAGGCAGCAGGGGCCACCUCACCGGUCAAACCCAUGGGAGGAGAUCUAGACUCAGCUAUGGCCAACAUGGCCAGCAAUUUGGCAGUGGGGAACCAGAAACCGGGUGAAGCAACUGGAGGGGCGAACUGGCAAGCGCAGGUACCCACCCCUAGCUGGGGCGUUGCCAUGCCUGGUGCAGGAGCUACUCCCAUGAUGCCUGGCUCACCGAUGAUGAGACCACAGUUUCCCGCACCAGGAGCCCCUGGACAACCGAUGUCUCCAGGAAUGGCCCAGAGUCCCAGGAAGCCUCCCCCUCCUAAAGACCCUCUCGCUGACCUCAAUAUCAAAGACUUCAUGUAGAUGAGCAGCGGGUUUGUCGCACUUAUUGUGCAGCCCUGAUGAAUCACACGUGUGUAUUCUCUCUUCCGUUCAUCACAUUCAGGGACUCCAGUCCCUCCUUUUAUCUCUUUCCCUUCCCUGUCUGUUUUUGUAGCACAAACCGUGAACGUGAAUAAGUAUGCGUGUGUAUGUGUGUUUGUAUUUCAAUGUUCUCAGUUACUUCAGAUCUAUAUAUAUAUAUAUAUA